AAUAAGCAGCGCUAUCGAUAGUCACAUUCCUUUGGUUAUCUGUUGCGUUUGGAGCUUCGCUGCGUACGGUUCGUCGUGUCCUGUUUUGUCUCAACUGCAACUGACUAGUUUAGUUAGUUAGUUAGUAGUUAGCAGUGUAGCUUGGAGACUAUGGUGCGCAUCUGAUCAUGGCCAAAAUAAUAUCAACGAUUAAGGCGAUCCUCACGCGCAUCAUAUUCAGCGCCCACAGUUUGCUGGCCAUUUGGCAGGUCACCACGUUUAAGAAGGAUAUCAUAUACUGGACGCUAUGUGGGCCAUUGCUGCUGCUGCUGCUGGAGGGCAUCUUCACCAUAAUGAUCAAGAAGACGCAAGAAUGGCGCUGGUUCUGCCCCUCGGUUUUUCUUUACCUGAGCAGCAUUGUGCCGGCCAUCUGGCUGCUUGAAUUGGACAAGAUCGAGCGUCGCCUGCUGGUGAUAAAUGGCUCCUUGGUCAAUGCAAAUGCCAGCAAUGCCAUCAACGACAGCAAUCUGACCAACACCAUCAUCGCCGCAAGCGCCACCACCACCUCCAGCAGCACCACAAACAGCAGCGCAAUGGUGCCAGUCGCUGAUCUGUUGGAUGAUGCUGGGAUCACUUUGCCCGUCAUUAGCCCAGAUACUUGGACCACGCUCAUCGAGCAGUUCCUUAUGCUCAUCCUGAUCGUGGGCCGUUGGCUGCUGCCCAAAGGAGACUUGACACGCGACCAGCUCAGCCAGCUGUUGUUAGUAUAUAUUGGCACUGCGGCAGAUAUCAUCGAGUUCUUCGACUCCUACAAAGACGAUUCCAUUGCGCGAAUUGGCUUUUUGGUGUUUCUCACUCUGGGCAUUUGGUCCUGGAGUCUUAUGCAGUUUACGAUUGUGCUGUCAGCCACACGAGGCAGGCGACCGCGUGGUAGCGGCUCACAUCACAAAGAGGAACAGACGGACUGCUGCCAGAACUGCUGCUGCGGCAUUGAUGUCUGGGGCAUAGUGCUGAACGUGAUUCUUCAGGAUGCGCCGUUUCUCACCUUUCGCUUAUUGAUUAUAUUUCAAUACAAGAUAAUUAACUACAUGAAUGUGUUUUUUACCUGCAAGAACUCGUUGGUGAUUAUACUCCAACUGUAUCGUCUUUAUGUGGUCAAUGCGGAGUUCUGGAAGAGCCGCCGAGAGAGUCGCAUGGCCAAGGCGCGUCAGUAUCAAUCUAGAAGGCGAGUGCACGACGCGGACCAGAACAGCAUUUAUAUGAUAUCCAAUGAACGGGGCGGGGAUGUCAAAAAGAAAAUUAAGAAAGCUAAGGAUCGAGAUUGUGUGGAACAAGAAGCCAGUUACAGCAAGAAAAAGCGAGACAAAAAGGAUAAGAAGAAGCGUAAGCGUAAGGAUACGGGCUACUCCACUGCCAGCUCACAGAAUCUGUACUCCACCAAGGCCAGCAACAAGGAUAAAAAGGGCAAGAAGUCGAAGCGCAACUGCAGCAGCUCACCGAGCGACUGCGAUGCGAUGAAAAAGCAGAAACGCGCCAAAAACGCCGAAAAAGCUGAUAAGAAGAAGUCGCGUAAAAUCGAGGCGGUUAUUGAGGAGUCGAGCAGCUCAAGCAGCAGCAGCUCGGACUCCAGUAACUCCACACUGCCCAGCUAUGAGGUGAUUGAUGAGAAGAAAUCGCGACGCCGAAAGCAUGCCCAAAGCAGCGACUCCAGCUCCAGCUCCAGCAGCUCGGAUUCUUCCUCAUCAUCUUCCUGAACUGGCUAAUGAAUAUUUGGACUAACGGCAUUUUCACGCGGGAUCCGCUAAGUGUAACGUUAACGUAAUUUUUGUGACAGCCAAAGACACAUUUGUCUGCGACGCUGGUCAAAGGAGACUAAGAUGUCGCUUUUUUGGCAAGACCAUUUGUAAGGUCAAUUCAUUUGUUAAAACAUAUAUUUUCAUAUGUUUGCAUAUAUGUAUAUAUGCUAAAAAAAAAGCAACCAAAUUUAAAAUUAAUAAAAUACCGCCUUGAUUUUGAAACAAGUUGACAGCCCCGCAAUGCAAUAAUCGCUCUCUUAGCUUUUCAUUUAUGCUUUGUUCUCUCUCUCUCUCUCUCUCCUUAUUUGCUUGUGCUCUGAACAUCGAAAAGCUCGAGCCUAGCAACGGCGCCAGCUGCUUUUAAGUUAACGCAAAACUUUUUUGUUGA